ACGGCAUUUGUUUAUAUUCCUAUUAACUUGGAAGGCCAGGAAGGUGAAUCAGUGUCUGUGACAACUGAUGUUGUGAAGAAAGCCCCACCAAAAGUGACCAAAUUGAAGAUAGUUGGAGACCUAAGAGAAGGGAAUAAGGUGACUGUUACUGGCACUGUUACUGGAGGUACUGAGGGUUCCUGAAAGUCCGCACGGUUUAAACUAGUUUCACAGUGCUGAUGGUGAAAUGGCUCUGAAGCUGACAAAAUUCUUUUAUUCAUAAUUCUGUAGGCUUUCCGUGUGCCACUUGGGGCUGUUGGGUACUAUAUUGUUGCAAAAUUUACUCCUAUGGCUCCUGAUGGCGAAUCUGGUGAGCCAGCAUAUGUGAUAUCUGAAAAUGUUGUUGAAACACUUCCUCCAAGCCUGAAUUUCCUGUCAGUCACUGGUGAUUAUUUUGAGGGUCAAAUGUUGACAGCAUCAUAUGGAUAUAUUGGUGGCCAUGAGGGCAGAAGUCUGUAUAAUUGGUAUCUUCAUGAGAAUGAAACAGAAGAAGGGACAUUGAUACAAGAGGCUUCUGGACACCUUCAGUAUAGGAUAGUGAAGGACGCAAUUGGAAAAUUUAUUUCUUUCAAGUGCACGCCUAUCAGGGAUGAUGGAUUUGUUGGUGAAUCCAGAACUAUAUUUGGACAGGAAAGGGUCCGAGCAGGAAGCCCGAGAUUGCUUUCUCUGCAGAUAAUAGGGAAGGGUAUUGAAGGAACCACAUUAAUCGCUGACAAGAAAUAUUGGGGAGGAGAAGAAGGGGAUUCAGUUUUUCGCUGGUUCCUUACCAGCUCUGAUGGUGUACAGAGUGAAAUUGUAGGUGCAACUGAUGCCUCAUAUAGCCUAUCAUUCGAUGACAUUGGAUUCUUGGUGUCUGUCUCAUGUGAGCCUGUUAGAAGUGACUUGGCACGUGGUCCUAUUAUUCUCUCUGAGCAUAUUGGCCCUGUUUUACCUGGGCCACCAACUUGUCAAUCCCUUAAACUUGUCGGAUCAAUGGUGGAAGGUGAUCGUUCGACUUUCUUGGCUCAGUACACUGGAGGUGAGAGAGGAAUUUGCACCCAAGAAUGGUUCCGAGUGAAAGAGAAUGGAGCAAAGGAAAAAUUGACUUCUGACGAAUUUCUGGACUUGAAUCUUGAUGAUGUUGGUAGAUGCAUAGAACUUAUUUACACACCUGUUCGAAAGGAUGGCUUGAAAGGAUCUCCAAAAAGCAUUGUAUCUGAUGCUAUUGCUCCAGCGAAUCCAAGGGGUCUUGAGCUUGUGCUUCCACAGUGUUUUGAGGACAAGGAAGUUAUUUCUUUCAAGUCUUAUUUUGGUGGAAUAGAAGGUAGUGGUGAAUAUAUUUGGUACAGAACAUUGAGAAAGUUAAAAGGUUUAGAGUUAUCAGAUGUAUCUGCUGCUUCUGAAGAUGUCAUUACUGUUGGAAAUUCUGUAACAUAUACACCUUCAAUUGAGGAUGUGGGGUUUUUUUUGGUGCUAUAUUGGGUGCCUGUGCGAUCAGAUGGAAAUCAUGGAGACCCAUUGGUUGCCAUUAGUGACAGUCCUGUCGUGGCAGCUCUUCCAGUUGUCUCCAAUGUAUGCAUAAAAGUCUUAGGUUCUGGCAUAUAUGAGGGGCAGGGCAAAUACUAUGGCGGGCAUGAGGGGUCAAGCUUGUACAGCUGGUACAGGGAAACAAAUGAUGGAACUAUUACUCUCAUUACUGGAGCUAACUCAACUUCCUAUGAAGUUACUGAUUCCGAUUACAAUUGUCGUCUGUUGUUUGGCUAUACUCCAGUUCGUUCAGAUACAGUUGUUGGUGAACUUAAGUUGUCUGAACCAUCCCAUAUUAUUCUUCCAGAACUUCCUAUAGUGGAUAUGCUUUCCUUCAAUGGCAAGCAGAUGGAAGGAGAAACUCUUACUGCUGUUGAAGUAAUCCCGAAGACUAGGACUCAACAACAUGUUUGGGAUAAAUAUAAGAAAGAGAUAAAAUACCAAUGGUUCUGUUCAGUAGGACAUGAAGACGAUCAGUCCUUUGAACCAUUGAAUUUACAGCAAUCUUGUUCAUAUAAGCUUCGCUUUGAGGAUAUCGGUCGAUGCUUAAAAUGUGAAUGCAUUGUUACAGAUGUCUUUGGAAGAUUGACUGAGCCUGUCUCAGCAAUAACUGCCCCUAUAUUGCCAGGAAAGCCGAAAAUUGAUAAGCUUGAGAUCGAGGGAAGGGGUUUCCACACAAAUUUGUAUGCUGUACGCGGGGUAUACACUGGUGGAAAAGAAGGCAAAAGCAGAAUUCAAUGGCUUCGAUCUAUGAUUGGAAGCCCUGAUCUUAUCUCCAUACCUGGUGAGAUAGGGAGGAUGUAUGAAGCCAAUGUUGAUGAUGUUGGGUAUAGGCUGGUGGUGGUUUAUACCCCUGUAAGAGAGGAUGGAGUUGAGGGACAACCUGUUUCUGCAUCAACAGACUUGAUUGCUGUUGAACCUGAUGUUUAUAAAGAAGUAAAACAGAAGUUGGAUCUCGGAUCUGUGAAGUUUGAGACAUUGUGUGACAAGGAUAGACAACCAAAGCAGGUUUCUGGCGUGGGGAAUUUGGAAAGACGGAUCCUAGAAGUCAACCGAAAGAGGAUCAAGGUUAUGAAACCAGGCUACAAGGCUACCUUCCCAACCACUGAGAUCAGGGGAACUUAUGCCCCUCCAUUUCAUGUGGAGCUUUAUCGAAAUGAUCAACAUCGCUUAAAGAUCGUAGUUGACAGUGAGAAUGAAGUGGACCUGAUGGUGCAGACGAGGCAUAUGCGGGAUGUCAUUGUGCUCGUAAUAAGAGGCUUUGCCCAAAGAUUUAACAGCACCUCACUCAAUUCCCUUCUGAAAAUAGAGGCGUGAUAUGAAGUAAUAUCAGAAGAAGUUUGACGUUUCCUUAAUUGUUGUGAGCUUCAUUGCCAUGUUGCUUUGAAUUUGUGCAUAUAUGCUUUGUUGGUUUCUUUGUGAUGUGGUUUAAGCCAAUCUUCACCCAUUUUCUUGGUGAUCACUGACUCUUACAACGCCAUCUAUUGAGAGUCAGAAAGCUACUAACCUCGCAUUUAAAAUCAAGAUGGAGGCUUUUGAGUUUGUUAGUGUAAAUUAUUACUGUAUUUUUUUUGUUCUCUUGAUGCAAGUGUUGUGUGCUGUACAAAAGGCAAGGGUGUGUAAUAUAUGCUUCAUCUUCAAUUGUUUUAGCAAUGUGAAUUCUGUUUUGGUGA